AUGCUACCAUCGUCUGCUUUGAAAGUCAUUCUCGGACUUAUCAGCUUGAUUAAUCUUGCCAAUGGUUUACAUUUCUAUUUGAAGACAGGAGAAACCAAAUGCUUCUUUGAAGAUAUGUCCAAAGACACUUUGCUAGUAAGCAAGAUUGAGGCAUAUGAACUUCAGGAACAUCUGAAUGAGUACAUUAGAAACAGCAAUUUGAGAUUGUUGAUCACUGUUGACGUAAGUAUUAAAAGAGGGAUAUAA